AUGAAACGAAAGUACAACAAACUCUUUAAAACUGAGGUAGAAUCAGAUGCAUUUGGAGAUCUUGAGACAUUUCAAGACUUUGAAUCAAAAUUAAAAACUUUUAUUGAUAAUACUUCAAAAUUCACUAAAGGGAAAUAGAAAGUGUAAAUGAAAGAAUCAAUUUCAUAAACCGAUUUAGACUUUUAAUCUAUUUUGUUAGAUAAAAUUAUAAGAAAAUCAAUGACCAAAAAAGACCUCAAAACAAAAUAUAUAGAUGUUUGUUCAGAAUUUGGGAUUGAUUAUUACCAAUUGCUAAAGCUUGAAACUCUAGAAUAAAAAUAAAAUUAUGCCAUCCAAUGUGCUACCAAGUCAAUAUCAAAAAGUUUAGAGACUUUGUUAGCCAAGUAUAAACAGGAAAAGAACGAACCUUCUGUUCAGAGUAGCAGUAAACAACUGGAUCUGUAUGGAUGGAUGAAGGUCAAAUCUCAAUAUAAAAAACUCAAAAAAAUCUUGCAAUAUGCUCUAGUAGAGCUUGUUUAAUAAAAUUCUAAUCAGGAUAAAGUAAUUAUUUAUAAUUAAGUAAGAUUAAAAUGUUUUUUGCAUACAUAAAUCAUUUUAUAUAAAAACGACACAAAACAACAGAAAGUCUAAAUUUCAGUACUGCUCACACUUCAAGAAUUCGUACAUAGCAAAAUUUCGAAGAGAAAUUAUAUUUAGAUCCUCCUCAAUUUCAAUUUUCCAAGCCAGAUCUAUUUUUUGAGUGGAACUAGGCAAUUGAAUAAGGCUAUUUCUUAAAUGACAAUAAUAUUCAUAGAGUUGGAUAUGAAUUAAUGAAGAAACAAAAUAGCAAGGGGGUUAAUUAUUAAAAGAGAGAAAAAUUAUUAGAUUAAUGUUAGGAAGGGAAUUAUUUGACUGCUGAAGAAUUAAAGUAUUUAGCAUCAACUUCCUUUCUAAUAAAUAAAUGUUUAGACAAAUAAUUUAUUCAGAGAGCAAUUAAUUUUUUGGAUUCUCAAGUAAAUAGUAUCUUUGAAGUUUAGGUCAUUCAUUAAAUUGAAAUGAAUAUAGCAGAACAAAUAUUAUAGACAUUUUACUAUUUGAAGAAAAACCUUACUUAAUAUAGAAAGGAUUGGUUAGAAAAAGUUAAUAUUGAGAAACGAAGGAAUAUUAGUAAAAACUAAAAAUAGAUAUUAUAGAAAUCAAUUCGGAGCUCAAUUAAAAGAAAAAUUAAUUGCUUUCAAAUUCGAACCAAAUAAGAAAUAUAAAGAAGAAAAUUAUCAAUUAAUUAAGAGAUGUUGCAAAGAAAAAGCAGCUAUAGAGCGAAGCAGAAAGAAAAAAAGAGAAAUAUCUAAGAAUAUAACGAAGAAUGGGCAAUCCAUUAGCGAAUAUAUAUGUCCAAAAGUUCAAAGAAAUUGUGCUUUAGGUGAUAAGUAAAAUUAGAGAAGUAUUUAAUUUGAUUACAAUAGAAAAAAGUGUCAGAUAAAGAAAGAUAAAAGGAAUUUUUGGAAAGGAAUGAAGCUAAACCGCCUCCAAAAGCCAUUUACACCAUUGGAAACGAAAUUUAUGAUGUAACUAAAUCAAAGAGAGCAUUUCAUCCACCUUCUAAAAUAAUGACAACUUUAUCAGAAGAUAAAUAUAAGGUGUAAAAACCAGAUAUUUAGAAACAAGAAGUAAGGAGAUAUAAAUUAGGAAUACGAAAUUAUACAGUUACAUAAGAUCAAUUUAAGAAUUACUAUGCUGGUGGACCUUAAUUACCAAGAAAAUUUCAAUCUCCAGAAUUAUAGCAUUUAAUUAAACAUGAUGAUUCAGAUAAUAAUUUUCCAAGAAAAAAUAAUUGGAUAACUUCAGAAGCAGAAGUUUAAGCUGCAAAUAAGAUCAAAUUUGCAAUUAAAAGGUAUAUCCAGAAGAAAGCCUUAAAUAAGUUAAUUGUAAAAAGUGAAGUUAAAAAAAACAGAGAUAUCGAAAUUAAAAUUAGAAAAUGCAUGUAAGCAAAAAAGUUCUUUGAAGAACUUCACAAAGAAUUAGACAAAAGAUAAAGCGAAAGGCUUAAAGAUAUUUCAAGUCAUUAACCGCCAAAACUACCAAUUGAUAAAAUUGAAAAGGUUCCAUCUUCUGGUGCUUUGAGCAUAGGUGUAAAAAGUAGUGGUCAAAUUUCCUAAACAUAAAGGACAUCUAAGAGAUUGUAAUCUCAUAGAUUAAGUCUUUAUAAAUAUAUACCACCACAAGAAAAAGUAGAUGAAAACUCAUUGGUAAUUGUAGAUUUGUUAUUAAGUUAAGGAUACAGCUAGAAGGGCAGAACUAGAAAUUAAGGAGAUUGCCAGAAAAAAGAAGCUGAUGAAAUUCUCUAAACAAAAGGAAAUGAGCGAGGCAAAAUUGAAAAACAGAAAAUUGAUUGUUGCUGCUAAAAUGAAGAAUCUAUAGGUCGCUAUGACUUCAGGAUUUUAAUACAAUCAAAGAGAUACAUAAUUAUGUGAUAGAUUUGGAAAUACUCCUCUUUAUUAUUGUGCAAAAAAUGGAGAUGAAUAGUUUUGCAGAUUUUUACUCAAUUUGGGUGCAAAUGUCAAUUAACAAUGCGAGAAUCUCAAUACUCCAUUGCAUAUGGCUUUUUAAUCAGAAAGCAAAUAAAUUAUUAUUGAUUUUAUAAAUAAAGGAGGUAAUCUCAAUAUGGUCAAUGCAGAUAAAUGUACUCCAUUAGCAUUUGGUUCAGAGGAAUUAUUGAAAUCUUUGAAUCUAUGCAAUCUUGUUGCAACUGUAAGAAAUUAACUAUUUUUAGACUAAACAUUAAAAUUUAGAAUCUGAUAAUAAUAAUGUAUUCUCAAGGAAAGAAGCAAAAUGGAUGGACUAAUAAUUUGAGGAUGCAUUAAUAUACGAUAAAUACAAAUAUAAAACAAUAAUUUGA